UCCACGAAUUGGCGGGCCUCACUGCCGGCCGGUGCACUUUAUUCACUGGUGUUGGGGGGGCUCCUCCACAACACACACCCCCUCCCGCACCCCAGACUCGUGAUUGAGCAUUGGAGUCCGGUUAUUUCGUCAGUCGUGUCUGAUGUUUUGGAGCGAUUCGAAAUGUUGAAAGUAAAUUCACUUCACGAUUUUGAGCCUCCACCGGAGGAUGAGAGGGCCACUGCUGGAAUUAUUGAGGGACGGGUUGUCUUCUGCGAGAGGAGAAAUCUCCAGGACGAGACGCAACCGUUUUUUAGGUAUAUAAGGGGGUGCCCGGAGGUAAAUGUUACUCCGGAGACGCUGGCAACGAGGGAAUCUGCACGGGCUAUUGCCGCUGCUGAUUUGUUUCUCACGGUUGAAGAUAGUGCGUUUAAAAAAAUCGCCAGUGUUUGGAGGGAAAAGGGGGUCCUCGGGGCUAUCAGAACUGCCGCUGGGGAGGACCCUCAGAGGGUCAGCAGGGUGGUUCACUGGGUUGCUACGAGGAUCACUGCGAUUCUUGAUUUCGUUGAGAGGAAGACGUCUUAUGAGGGAAUACCCUCCGUUGGGUCAGGAUCCGUGGCCGAUAUCGCUGGGACUAGGGACUGGACAACUGCUCUGAUUCGAUGUUUAGCAUGGCAUCCCCACUGUACUCGUCUGGCCCUAGCCACUCGUGACGAUCGCAUUCGCAUAUACUCGAGUGAAAUUCAGGGAGUAGCAGUGCUCAGGCACUCUGCACAAAAAUCAGUGUGUUCAAUGAGCUGGCGGCCAAAUGCUGGACGGGAAUUGGCAGCUGCCUGUGGCUCUGGUGUACUCGUAUGGACGGUUGAACUCGGCGCUGCCAGUAAUUCACUGUCACAUGCCAUACUUCUGAGACAGAGGAAUCAUGCGCCUGUUACGAGUGUCAAUUGGCAUCCACAGGGGGAUUUAUUAGUUUCCUGUUCGCCCAAUGAUUUUAAUAUGAUUGUUUGGGAUGUUGCGAAGGAGGUGGGAGUACCACUCAGGAGAGUUGGAGGGGGAGGAUUGUGCUUUACUAAAUGGUCAAUUUGUGGGAGUAAACUACUUGCUGCCACUUGUCGCAAUGUUUUUCGUGUUUGGAAUACUGGAACUGGAAAUCCAUGGUCAGUAGAGCGCUGGACAGUGCCAAACGGACGAGUGGCAGCUGCAUGUUUCGGGCCCCAUCAAAUCCUACUCUUCGCCUCAACCGAGAACCCAGCGACACUAUUCUCCCUGUCCCUCCAAGAUAACGUUUUCAAUGUCAAGGGAGAUAGUCCAGCUAAUGAUCCCAAGGCUGCAAUUCCCUUGAUCGAUCUCACGAGGGUCUCCUUCAAUGACGACGACGCUGGAUUGACUGUUGGGGGGAGAGUCAUUGCCACCGAGUGGGACCCCAGUGGCCAGUACCUCGCAAUUCUUUUCCAAGACAGUCCAGUGGUUGCAAUAUUUAAGACAGAAAUUGGAAGACUAUUUGGACUAACUGAAGUGAGACCCACCUGUCUAGUAAAGGGAUUUCCCGGUGAAACCCCAAAUUGCCUGCAAUUCCAUCAAAACAUCGACACAGAUCGAUUAAUCGCCUGCUUGACGAUUGCCUGGAGCAGUGGACGUGUCCAGCAAUUCCCAAUUGUUGGGGGAAAUAAAUCAGUCACUCCCACGAGAGUUUCACGUCCCCUGAACACGAGUGUGUCAUCACCUGGCUUUAAAAAUUACACGUUCCUAUGACCCACGUCAUUUAGGCUAUUAUUUUUCUACGUUAGGUAUUAUAUUCGUUGGUUUUUGUACGUUUAACUGAUUAAAUAAGAUUAUCUACAUUCGCAAUGGCUUGAGGAAUUAUGGAAAAAAUAAAAAUGAUGGAGAACGUG